AUGAAUUCUCUUGGUCGCCCAUCAGUCUUACCUCUGCGUUCUCUUUCUCACUCUAUUCGCAGAUUUUCCACGUCUCCCUCCUCCUCUAUUCAAAAAAUCACCAUUUAUGGUGCGGGACUCAUGGGUGCGGGUAUAACCCAAGUAGCAGCUCAGAAUGGCCUCGAUGUGACCAUGGUCGAUGUAUCACCCGAUGCAAUAAAAAAGGGUAAAAACAUUAUAGAUGCUUCGCUAAAACGCGUGGCCUCCCGUCUCCACAAAGACGACGAGAAAAAACGCACCGAAUUCAUCGAAAAUGUAUGGAAGAACAUCUCAUCGUCUACCGAUUCUUCCGCUGCGGCUGUCGAUGCGGAUUUACUUGUCGAAGCCAUUGUAGAGAAUAUGAAAGUCAAACAGGAAUUGUUUUCGCAGUUGGAUAAGGUUGCCAAAAAAAGUGCUAUAUUCGCGAGCAAUACUUCUAGUUUGAUCAUUAGUGAAAUUGCCAAGGCAACUAAUAGAGAAGAGAAUUUUGCUGGAUUGCAUUUCUUUAAUCCCGUGCCGCAAAUGAAAUUAGUUGAGGUUAUCAGAACCGACAAGACUAGUAACGAGACAUGCGAAAAGCUAAUGGAUGUUACGAAGAGAAUGCAAAAGACUCCCGUUACCUGUAAAGAUACUCCGGGAUUCAUCGUUAACCGUUUGCUGGUUCCCUAUAUACUGGAAGCGUUUCGUCUCGUCGGGCGCGGGGAAGCAACUCAUGCAGAUGUCGACACAGCUAUGAAGCUUGGUGCUGGGAUGCCGAUGGGACCGUUCGAAUUGGCCGAUCUUGUCGGUUUGGAUACGCUUAAAUUCAUUGCCGACGGAUGGCGUCAAAGUGGUAAGAUCGACGCCCAUCUCGUUGCACCAGUCAAGGAACUCGACGAUUUGGUUGCGAAUGGAGAUAUUGGCAGAAAGUCUGGAAAAGGAGUCUAUUCAUACCCAUAG